GGUUCGGCUCCCGCGGGGCAGUGGAUCUGCCGGGCGCCUCCUCGGGCCGCGACCCCGGGGUCUGGCGCGGGGUGGGACCGGGGAGCUGGUUUGCGCAAAAUGUGCCGGGGCUGCGCGGGAAAGGAGCGGCGGCCGCGCUGAGCCAGGUAGGAGCCUCCGCGCGAGCGGGGCUGGCCCGCCCUCGGGGGACCCGGCUGCCCCGCGCCCCUCGGGAGCCGAGGACCUGGAGCUGGGCGGGGUCCUCCUCUCGCCGCCGUCCUCCACCCGCACGUGGAGCCAGGGCUGACCCUCCCGGAGCGCUCCCAGGCGGCUAACUCAACAGAUCUUUCCCGCAAAGGGGUGAGACCUGUUCCCAUUUGACAGAUGGGAACACAAGGGCAGAGAGGCCAGCACUUGCCGGGAAUGUACAUUUAGUCGAGGGCAGACUAGGAUUUGAAUCCAGAUCUCCUACCAUCCUCUGCUCUGCGCUGGGCGGCUGGGCGUGAGGCUUCCCAUCCCACCGCGCCAGACAGCCUGCCUACCUGCGGUGACGGGGAAGGGGGACGCUCACCUCUCUCCAGGGGUCUCAGAAGCAGCCUUCUUCGAGGGUGAGCCAUGAGCCACCAGAUCCUGCUGCUCCUGCCCGUGCUGACCCUGGGCCUGGCUACCUCCCAACAGGGAGACAAGGUGCCCUGUAAGAUGGUGAACAAGGAGGUCUUCUGCCAGUUCCUUGGCCUGGUGCAGGUCCCCUCGGUGCUUCCGCGGGACAUCGAAGCCCUUGACCUGUCUGGAAACCAGCUUCAGAGCAUCCUGGCCUCGCCCCUGGGCCUCUACACAGCACUUCGUCACCUGGACCUGAGCUCCAACGAGAUCAGCUUCGUCCAGCCAGGUGUCUUCGAGGCCCUGUCCCACCUGGAGCACCUCAACCUGGCCCACAACCGCCUGGCGCUGAGCACUGGGGGUCUGGGCCCCCUGCUGCACGUGAAGUCUCUGGACCUGUCUGGGAACAGCCUGUACAGCGGCCUGGUGGAGCAGCUGCUGGGGGAGGCGCCAGCCCUGCGCACCCUCGCACUGGCGGAGAACAGCCUGACCCGCCUGGCCCGCCAGACCUUCUGGGGCACACCUGCGCUCGAGCGGCUGGACCUACACAGCAACGUGCUGAUGGACAUUGAGGAUGGGGCUUUCGAGGCCAUGCCCCACCUGACCCACCUUAACCUGUCCAGGAACUCCCUCACCUGCAUCUCCGACUUCAGCCUCCAGCAGCUGCGGGUGCUGGACCUGAGCUGCAACAGCAUCGAGGCCUUUCAGAUGGCUCCCGAGCCCCAGGCCGGGUACCAGCUCACCUGGCUCGACCUGCGGGAGAACAGACUGCUCCGCUUCCCUGACUUGGCCGCACUCCCGAGACUCAUCUACCUGAACGUGUCCAGCAACCUCAUCAGUCUCCCUGCGGGGCCGCCCCAGGGUGGCGAGGCCAUCUAUGCACCCUCUGAGGGAUGGUCAGCCUCGCCCCUCUCAAACCCCAGCCGGAAUGCCAGCACCCACCCCUUCUCCCAGCUCUUGAAUCUGGAUUUGAGCUACAAUGAGAUUGAGCUCGUCCCCGAGGGCUUUCUGGGGCACCUGACCUCCCUGCGCUUCCUGAACCUCAGCCGAAACUGCUUGAAGGCCUUUGAGGCUCGGAGUGCGGGCUCCCUGCCCUGCCUGGUGCUCCUGGACAUCAGCCACAAUGCGCUGAAGACACUGGAGCUGGGCACUAGCGCCCUGGGGUCUCUGCGGACGCUGCUCCUACAGCACAAUGCCCUGCAGGACCUGCCCCCAUACACCUUUGCUGGCCUGGCUAGCUUGCAGAGGCUCAACCUGCAAGGGAACCGGGUCAUUCCCUGUGGGGGGCCAGGGGGGCCUGGGCCCUCCGGCUGCGUGGACUUCUCUGGCAUCUCCUCCCUCCGCAGCCUAAACUUGGUGGACAACGAGUUGGAGACGCUCUGGGCAGGUGCCUUCCUCCACACACCACUAACGGAGCUGGACCUCUCUUCCAAUCCGGGGCUGGAUGUGGCCACGGGGGCCUUGGUGGGCCUGGAGGCCUCCUUGGAGGUCCUGGCCCUGCAGGGCAAUGGGCUGGAGGUGCUGCAGGUAGACCUGCCCUGCUUCAGCUGCCUCAAGCAGCUCAAUCUCGCCGAGAACCGCCUGAGCCGCCUGCCGGCCUGGACGCAGGCUGUGUCUCUGGAGGUGCUGGACCUGAGGAACAACAGCUUCAGCCUGCUGCCCAGCAGUGCCAUGGGCGGCCUGGAGACCAGCCUGCGGCGCCUCUACCUGCAGGGGAAUCCGCUCAGCUGCUGCGGCAAUGGCUGGCUGGCGGCCCAGCUGCACCAGGGCCGUGUGGACGUGGACGCCACCCAGGACCUGAUCUGCCGCUUCGACUCCCAGGAGGAGGUGUUCCUGAGCCACGUGCGUCCUGAGGACUGUGAGAAGGGGGGGCUCAAGAAUGUCAACCUCAUCAUCAUCCUCACCUUCACUCUCGUCUCUGCCAUUGUCCUCACCAUGCUGGCCACCUGUUGCUGUGUCCGCCAGCAGAGGUUCAACCAACAGUACAAAGCCUAGAGCAGCCAGGCUGCGGACGAGCUCGGCCGGAGACCCUUCCAGGACAGCGAGGGAGCCCGAGGCACAGAGGAGGGUGAGGUCUAACCCAAGGCCACACAGUGGGCCAGGGUCCCAGAACCCUAAUCUCUAAAUCCCAGCCCCGGCUUCCUUUCCCUGCAUCCUGCUGCAUCAGUAGGUGACGCACUUCCCAGGCCUCACGUGCGGUCCAGCUGUGGAAGCUGGAUGCUGAGCAGUAGUGGGAGUGACAGAGAAUGAGGAUGAGCCAUCAGAUCAACAAAUCUUCACCAGACAUCUGUUUUGUGCCACACCCUGCGCUGGGCACUGAGGGCACUGAUGAAGGAGACACAUCAAGCAUCUCCCAGUCGGGGUGGGGAUGGCAUCACAGAGCUGUGCAGCGACCACACAGAGUGUGGGGCCCAGGGCUCCAAAGCUCGGCAGUGUGAGCUGAGUGCUGGGGGGAGAGGGGGAGGGAGGGGAAAGUGGGGAGUCCUGCCCCGCCAGGCCAGGGCCAGGGAGGGGAAAGACCAGGAGGAUUUGUCUGAGACCUUGCCAAGCAGACUGUUUGUCACAUCUUCUGAUAAUGACUUGCAGCUUCUCUGGAACAUGACGAAUUUGUAACUGGAAGAGACCUGGAGCCAUGAGUGUGCCGUGGGUCCUGCACUAUGGCAGGCUGUGGCGGCUGCAGCAGGUCCGGUUCACAGGCUGUUGCCCUGGGCUGCGGCCAGCACUGGACUGUCAUUUCCUGCUCUGGACAGACUUUUUGCCCACCUGGCACUCUGGUGUUGCACACUGGCCCCAAUACUGCCGUGGCCUUCACUCCCCGCUCCAUCCCAGGAGUGAAGGCCUUAGGUCUCUGGUUCUGUUUUGCCCCAGGCUUGGCAGCAGUAACAAACCCAAGUCUGUGUCUGCCUCUUUAGGACAACCCUCUGAGGCUGGCAUUUAAUCCCAGUUUAUAAAAGAGGCUCCAAGUCUCCCUGCAGGGUGUCCCAGCUACAAAACGCCGCACUGAGAUUCAGAAUCACAUCAUCCCGACUCCGGGGACUGAGCUUGGCCACUGCGGGGCUGCAGGCUGUCAGGGGGACAGGAAGUGGCCCCCAUGCUGGCACAGGGCCUGGGAGCAUCCUGCACUGUACACCCCACCAGCUCCUCUCCCUCCACUCUCCCAGGCCCUCUCCUCCUCUGCCUCAGUUUCCCUCAUUCCCCCCUUUGCAGACUGGUCUUUUUUUCUUGUUGCCCUUGCAUCCCCAUUCUCCAAUGAGCACAGUCUAGAAUGUGAGACCAUUGAGUCCCACCUCCCCCUUACACAGAUGGGGAAACUGAGGCUUAGGAAGAGAAGAGGACUUGCUCCGAGAUGCACAAGUCAGGGGCAGAGCCUGUGGAAAACAGGAGGAGUCAGACCUCAUUACGGGUGUCAGGGGGUGGGUUGGGGGGUUGCACCUGAGUGGUUUUCUUCUCUCUCAGGUGUCACAUCACAAGAUAAUGCUCCAAACGCUCUUUUGGGUCCUCCUCAUACAGGGAUCCUCCCCUCUUAGAAAAAUGGGUUUAAAAAAUCUAGUUCUAACCCCUUGUCCCUCAUAUCCAUGGAACCAUGGGCUGUCCUGGGACCAGCGCAGGACCCUGUGCUGUUGUCUUCCCCUCCCACCUGUGCUUGGCCAUGGUCUGGCUCAGGAUGGUGCUGGGUCAAGUGGGAGACAAUGAAAACUCCACUCUCUCUGCCCCAUUUUACAGAUGAAAAGGCUGAGGCCCAGAGAGGAUCAAGGACUCAGGGAGUCAGUGGCAAAGCCAGGGCUGGAACUUGAUGUCCUGGCCCCAUCUGGGGCCCAGGGGGCCCGAGGGGCAGCUCAGGGCCCAGUCCUGGUUGGAAUUGUGACUAUAGGUGCUCACUGCACACACACUCUUUCUCAGGCGUGGGGCAGGCGUGGGCCCCUCCACGCCUGAUCUUUGAAAACACUACACAAUGCUGCUCUCACUGCCCAGGAGCCAGGCCACAGCCCAGGCCCUGGGACUAGCUCUUUGUAUAACCCACAUGAAUGUAUUAAAAAUAAUGUUGGAGACGCA